AUGCACAGGAGACGGACCUGGGAUCCCUUGUGGCCUGAAAGGGAACCUGAAAUUCAUGAAAUCUUCAGUAAAGGGAUCAUUGUGCCUCUUAAGAUUAAACUUAUGCUGUGUGGAAAGAGAUUCAGUUGGAGGAGCAGGCUGCUACUGCAUGAAAGGACUCACACUGGGGAGAAACCCUAUAACUGCCUGGAGUGUGGACAGAACUUUGCUCAUAGGGGAAGUCUAGUUUCACAUCACAGGACUCACACUGGGGAGAAACCCUAUAAGUGCCUGGAGUGUGGACAGAGCUUCGCUCGUAGGGGAAGUCUAGUUUCACAUCAAAGGACUCACACUGGGGAGAAACCCUAUAAAUGCCUGGAGUGUGGACAGAGCUUCAAUGAUUGUUCAGGUCUACGUUCACAUCAAAGGACUCACACUGGGGAGAAACCCUAUAAAUGCCUGGAGUGUGGACAGAGCUUCACUCAUAGUUCAGGCCUACGUAGACAUCAAAGGACUCACACUGGGGAGAAACCCUAUAAAUGCCUGGAGUGUGGACAGAGCUUCAGUGAUUGUUCAGGUAUACGUUCACAUCAAAGGACUCACACUGGGGAGAAACCCUAUAAAUGCUUGGAGUGUGGACAGAGCUUUGCUGUUAGUUCAGAUCUACGUCCACAUCAAAGGACUCACACUGGGGAGAAACCCUAUAAAUGCCUGGAGUGUGGACAGAGCUUCACUCAUAAUUCAGCUCUACAUUCACAUCAAAGGAUUCACACUGGGGAGAAACCCUAUAAAUGCCUGGAGUGUGGACAGAGCUUCGCUCAUAAUUCAGCUCUACGUGCACAUCAAAGGACUCACACUGGGGAGAAACCCUAUACAUGUCUGGAGUGUGGACAGAGCUUCACUGAGAGGGGAAGUCAACGUUUACAUCAAAGGACCCACACUGGAGAGAAACCCUAUACAUGCCUGGACUGUGGACAGAGCUUCGCUCGUAGGGGAAAUCUAGUUUCACAUCAAAGGACUCACACUGGGGAGAAACCCUAUAACUGCCUGGAGUGUGGACAGAGUUUUACUCAGAAGGGACACUUACAUUCCCAUCAAAGGACUCACACUGGGGAGAAACCCUAUAAAUGCCUGGAGUGUGGACAGAGCUUCACUUGUAGUUCAAAUUUACAUAAACAUCAAAGGAUUCACACUGGGGAGAAACCCUAUAUAUGCCUCGAGUGUGGACAGAGCUUUGCUCGGAGGGAAAACCUAAGUUCACAUCAAAGGACUCACAUUGGGCAAAAACCGUAGAAAUGCGUGGAAUGUGGACAGAGAUUUUCAUGGAAUAACAUUAUACAUAAACAUCAUGGAAUUCAUCGUGGAGAGAAUGGUGUUAAUUGACCCCAGGGUGUCAUUCUAAUAUGUACAAAAGCAACGCUUGCAAAUUUUGGAAAUGCGAGCUCAAAGUUGGGACUUUUCUUGCAGUGGCAAGAGUAUGGAAAGGAAAGAGAACUCCAACAAUAGAAGAAUGGAUUUUAAAAGUACUUGACAUUAUACAAAUGGACAAUCUAACGCAAAAUAUAAGAGAUGGGAAAAAUUAAACGGACUGGACAAAGUGUUGUCGAAGGCUUUCAUGGCCGGGAUCACAGGGUUGUUGUAUGUCUUUCGGGCUGCAGGAGUCUACCGGAUACCAUGCAGCUGUGGACAAGUCUACAUAGGGACCACCAAACGCAGCAUUGCCCAAACAAGAGUCAAAGAACAUGAAAGGCACUGCAGACUAAGUCAACCAGAGAAAUCAGCCAUAGCAGAGCACUUGAUGCAUCAGCCUGAACACAGGAUAUUAUUUGAGAACACAGAAAUGCUGGACCAUUCCAACAACUAUCAUGUCAGACUACACAGAGAAGCCAUUGAAAUCCACAAGCAUGUGGACAACGUCAACAGAAAGGAAGAAACCAUGAAAAUGAACAAAAUCUGGCUACCAGUAUUAAAAAACUCUAAAAUCAAAACAAUAGAUGGGAACCAACAGUCUGAGGGCAGAAGACAGAUAAUGACUGAACAAAGGAUGCCCCCCGGCAAGAGACAAAAUCUUUCCAAUGCUAAUUAGGGUGAUUAACUGAAACAUUAAUGCUGGCUUCCCAGUGACAAAGGACUUGCCACACCCUGGACUCUACACAGAUAUAUGUUCUUUCCUUUCCUUACUUAGUUUAUCCAUACCUCACAACCUCUGAGGAUGCCUGCCAUAGAUGUGGGCGAAACGUCAGGGAAGAAUACUUCUGGAACAUGGCCACACAGCCCGAAAGACAUACAACAACCCCGGACUGGACAAACUUUACAGAAAAAGAAAACUGGGCUUUGAUAUAGAUCUGUCUUAGAUAUAAAGACUAUACUAACGAAGGACUGAAAUAAACAAACAGGAAAAAUCAGGAAACUGAAGGAAGAUUCUCCAAAGCACAGAUGGGAAGUCAACUCACUAUAUAUAUAAUCGUUUUCCUUUUUUCUUUUGUUUUAAAAUAUUCUUAUAUUCUAUAUGUGUAUGUGUAUAUAUAUACACCUUUUUUCUUCCCUUUUCUUUGUCCUCUGUAAGCUAUUCACUCUACCUUUCUAUCUACCUAUACAAUGUUCUCCCACUUUUGAUGUAAUAUACCACAUAAAUCAAAUAGAAAUACACACACAACAAAGUUGGGACAUUUCAUCACAUGUGGUGUAUUGUGGUAGAAAGAUUGAACUAAAAUACGUUCCAUUCUGGAACGUAAUUGAGGUUAAAUGAAACUAGAGUUUUAUAUGUUGAGAAUGUUGGAUGAUCAAUUAGAAUGAAAACAUGGAUAGUGACUGCAAGAUACUAAAGUGAGAUUUGACUGUAAACAAGGAUGGAAGGAAUGUUUGAUUCCAAAGCAAAAAGAAUGGCUUAUGAGGAUCUGCAAAUUAGCCAAAGUGAACAAACUGACAACAACAUGGGCAAAUGUCAGUUGUAAUAUUAAUUGGAAGAGUGUUAUCAGAAAUAGAAGUGUGGUUAUGUUAUAUUAUCUGAAGGGAGUAGAAUAAUGAGAGAUAAAAAUUAACAGAUCGAAUGAGGCCUUUAGGCACGUAUCCCUGUCUGUUUGUUAGUUCAGUUGUGUGUCUAUGUAGGUCACUGUUUUGCUGGUCUGUUUGUUUCUGCAUUAGUUUUGUAUCUCAUGCAGUAGUUAGUUGCCUGUGUAGUUGAAGCAUUAUAUAUACAGUAGAGUCUCGCAUAUCCAACCUCUGCUUAUCCAACGUUCUGUAUUAUCCAACGCAGUUUGCCUUUUAGUAGUCAAUGUUUUUGUAAUCAAUGUUUUCAAUACAUUGCGAUGUUUUGGUGCUAAGUUCAUUAAUACAGCAAUUACUACAUAACGUUACUGUGUACUGAACUGCUUUUUUCUGCCAAUUUGUUGUAAAACAUGGUGUUUUUUAUCAAUGAAUUCUCUGAGUGCCUUUUUCUCUGGCUCUGACAUUACACAUAGUUUUGGUUUUGGUAAUUUGGCGUUUGUGUCUAUUUCAAUCGCACAGUCAGUUUUCCUAUGGGGGGGCGGGUAAUUGGUCACUCUCUCUUUCGCUGAAAACAUCUGCAAAAUCCUGAUAAACUUUGGGGAUGUUCUCCAUUGGCACAUCUUGUUCUCCAUUGGCACAUUAGCACCCCUUCCGGCUUUAAUUCUCUUAUGCGCCUCAGAGAGCUCUCAAAGUUGCAAGUCCCAUCCCAGAAUGUGUUUACGGGCGUUCAAAACAGAUCUUGGCCAUUUCCCGAUAGUUCCAGCCGUUAAGGACAGUUUUGUACUUCCCUGCUACUUGUAGAUACUAAUUCAGUUACUACUGACAAUAUUGCGAAGUUUUGUGCAUCCAGGGGAUGACUGGUCCCAAAAGUGACCAAUGUAUCCAGUAAUCAUCUCUCUUGAUUCUAUAACUGGCUGAUAGACCUCUGUGUUGUAUGUUUUUGCCCUGUUUCCCCUUCCGAUCCCCCCCCCCCCCCCGUAUUGUGCUUUUGUAACUUUAUAUUUUAAAUGUACUAAAUGUACCAAGUUUGUAUGUAACUGUGACCUUUAUUUCCUGUGCUGGUCUAUGGCCGAAAUAAAUGACUGGAUUUGAAAUUUG